CGUGAUCUCAAGAGGACGUGUCUCUCUCUCGAGUUUGUUUUUCAGAGCCGCCGACGAGAAGUCGCACAACGUGAAUUUGAAACGCCAGAAACGCAACAUCGCAUACAGCAGAACGCGUGCGUGCGUGUGUGUGUGUGAGACAGUGUAUGUGUUAGUGAGUGUGUUUGUGUGAUGAACGAGCGAAUUAAUUAAAAGAUAAUCAAAACAAAUUAACAACACAUAUUUUUACUGAGCGACCCGCCAAGUGCCAAUUUGAACUCGCGCGCACUUCUUGACAGUGCAAUGUUUUAACCACAACAACAACAACAAUUACUACAUUAACAACAACAACAAUAAUAAUAACAGCAAACGCAUUUGAAAUCGCUGGCUUUAUGUUAAAGCUGUCCAGCAACGCGACAACAACAGCAGCAAGGAGCACAAACAGCAGCAGCAUCAGCAGCAGGAGCAAGAGCAUGACAGUGACUGGACUGCGUCAAACGAUGACCAGCCCGACGGUGCCGCCAACCACAACGCUGAGCAGCAGCUCCGGCAGCAGCAACAGCAACAGCAGCAACACGCUGACCUCCACCGCCGGCAGCGCUGCACUGCAUCCGCUGUCGAGUCCCACAUCGCCGUCGGCACUGCUGCUUGCCCAUCAGCAACACUUGCUGGCCCAACACCAGCAGCAACAACAGCAGCAGCAGCAACAUCAACAGCAACAACAACAGCAACAUCAGCAAGCAUUGCAGCUGGCUGCAGUGCAUCCGGCGCCCCAUCAUCUGCACAAGAGCAGCUCCAGGCUGAGCAAUUUCAGUGUUGCCUCGCUGCUGGCGGACACACGACCCCGCACUCCAAAUGCCAGCGAUGCGCCCACGAAUCUCUCCAGCUCCGCAGCCACAUCGCCCAUCUCGCAGAGCAGUGCAGCGGGCACACCGCCACCGCCUCCGCCCGCCGUUGUGCCCACAGUGCCGCCCACGCAUGCAUUUCAUCCCGCCGCCGUAGCUCAUCACGCCCACUUGCUGCAUGCGGCGCAUGCGGCGGCAGCAGCGCACGCCCAACAACAGCAGCAACAGCAUCAGCAGCAGCAGCUCGCGAUGGCGCAACUGCGUCAGGCUCAGGCGCAAGCCGAUGCCCGUGCCAGCUCCCCGCCCGCCUCCGCCUCGGCCAGUUCAACGCCCAGCUCCACACCCGUAACGCAUGCAAUUGGCGCCAGCUCCACGCCCGCCAAGAACGAGCGACAUUCGCCGCUGGGCGGCAGCAGUCACACGGAUUCGGAGUUGGAGUAUGAUGAUGAUAUGCUGCACGAGCAUGAGGGCGGCGAGCAUGACGAGGAGGAGGAUUCGAUUGUGGACAUUGAGGACAUGAAUGCGGACGAUUCGCCACGCUCCACACCCGACGGACUCGACAGCAGCAGCAAAUCCAUCGAAAGUUCGCAUGGUGCCCCGCCUGGCUCUGGUCCAGGUGCUGGACAAAUGGGCGCCUCGAUUCUCUCGCCAGCUGCAUUGGCCGCCAGCGGUCAUGUGCCCAUCAGACCGACGCCAUUCACAGCUCUCGCCGCUGCUGUCGCCUGGGGCGGCAUGGGAGGCGGAGUCCCUUGGCCAGGAGCUCGUCAAAUGCCGCCCUUUGGACCGCCGGGUCUGUUUCCGGGACAGGGAUUCGGAGGAGAUGCCAAUGAACCACCACGCAUCAAGUGCAAUCUGCGCAAACAUAAACCCAACCGCAAGCCCCGCACUCCCUUCACCACACAGCAGCUGCUUUCGCUGGAGAAGAAGUUCCGCGAGAAGCAAUAUCUCAGCAUUGCGGAGCGUGCCGAAUUCUCCUCAUCGUUGCGUUUAACCGAGACGCAGGUGAAGAUUUGGUUUCAGAAUCGACGUGCCAAGGCCAAGCGGCUGCAGGAAGCGGAAAUCGAGAAGAUCAAAAUGGCGGCUCUGGGACGCGGGGCGCCGGGUGCACAGUGGGCAAUGGCCGGUUACUUUCAUCCGAGUCUGAUGCAUCUGGGAUAAGUGGCGGCCAAGUUGGUGUGCGCUCCCAAGUAACACGCCAGCAAAAAAAUAUAAUAAAGAAAAAAACAGCCAGAACUUCAACCAAAUAACUGAGCCACGCCCUCGGCCCCAGCUGCCAGCACGCCCCCUCACAAAAAAGAAAGAGACGUGCUUGCUUAAAGUAAAGAAAAAAAACCCCCAAAAUUUUGCUGUGAUGUUAGCGCAUUUUAUUUUACGAUACUUCCAAAUGUUGUUUAAAAUGCACUCUGUAAAUACUGUAAGCAUAGUGAAAAAGAAGAGUUGCAAUGGAAAGCGAAGACGAUGAAGAGAGAGAAUGAGAGUAAGAAGGAGAACGUUUCGAUAGCGAACUCUGUAAAUAUCAAAGCAAAAGCAAGCGAAAAAUGUUUCCUAAUUGUACAUAAAAUUAGCAUGUAAACCUAAUCAAGAAUUCUUAAAAGCCAAUUUGCGUUUAAGAAUUGUUGCAACUAAACUACUGUAUAGAAUUUCAAAAAUAUUUAAAUUACAAACAAACAAAAAAAAAAAGAAAAAAAAAAAAACAAAAAC